GAGCACCUUUGGAAUCGGUAUUGUCAGAUAUCAAAUCGAUUGGCCAUUCUGUUGAGGUUUAUUUUCGUGGAAACGGGCGGCAGCCAUAACCAUGUUACCCAAACAAAGACCCUGCUGGGUCCUAGCGCUUGCGGGAUAACAUGUUGCUCUCUCCCAGGUCCUAGCGGUCGGCGUCUUCUGAAAAAAAUAAGUGAUAAUUGUGUCUAUUUGAUCCUCAUUUUGUCUUUUUAUGUACACAUACACACACCAUGUCCACCAGUUGACAGUAUGCACUCAUUACAGCGUCACACGCCCAAAUAGAACUGUGGCCCUACACAGCGGAAGGCGGCUUGCAUUAGUUGUAGGGAUGGUUGGGCGAGCAACUUCUUGCCAUAGCAAGCUUGGCCGUAUUAGCAAUGAAGAUAAUACUGCUAACAGGAUGAUACAGUCUGAUGCUGUUGCCACCAUAUACAUGCUAGUCUAGAUUGUUAUUUCAGGGCGAAUUUCGAACUCUUCUCGAUUCAUGUUCUUGGAAGAACUGUGGAUUCGAGACACAAUUCUUAAUUUUUUAUUUUUUAAAGUUUGUUUCAAGACAAUACGUGUCUAAACAGUUACAUUAGUGUAUAUGCACGCGCAUUCAUUUUCUGGCACCUCUCAAAGUGCUACUCUACUCUCUCCCUAACUUUCUUAUCAACCAACAAUUAUCUCUAACAUAAUGAACACGAUUCCAACAGUAAACACACGUAUUAGGUCAAAGAUUAUGCUCAUAGCCUAAAUCAAGCACAGCAACAGACAGAGGGGCCAAGUUCACCAUGCGAAAGGGAGUCACUUAUCCAGCUCGCUAUUUUUCUUGAAAAUGAACAUUUCAUACUGAAAGGGAAUUCCCAUCUAUAUAUCCUGUAUGCAUUACAGCUUCAAUAUUUUUGUGAUCUGUUGUGCAAGUUACCAGUUGUGAGACAGGAAGUGACGAUCAGAACCUGUCUAGUUAACACCAACAAGGGGAUUCAUCUUAAUAAUCUGAUAUGGAGUAACUUGACUGGCAAAGGUGUGCGUCUUCCGUGUUGCUUUCACUUGACCUGCCUUUCAGAUCAUUGCGGAUCAAAUGAAGAAGAGGUGAUGGAGGAACCACCUUGACUAUUGAGAUGCGCCCAAAGCCUACUAUCCAUGCGCUCUGAUGGAGAUGACUGCAGCAAGAAUGGGAAGAACGCAGCCGAGGCAAUGUCUCUUAGGAAGGAAGACAUGUCGAUCUUCGGCCACUACCCGGGCCAAGAUGACUUCUACCUGGUGGUGUGUAGCCACUGUGGCCAGGUGGUCAAGCCCCAGGCUUUUGAGAAGCAUUGUGAGAGGAGACAUAGCCCCCUGAGUAAGCUGUAUGCACGCCUCCGCCCCCACCCUCCAGCCUCCCAGCAGCGACCCCGCCACAGCCACUCCCCAUCCUCCACUCACGCAACCUCCUCUUCCUCCUGGGAAGGAAGGGGGCAAGGGUCCGGAGCACCACGAGCAGCCCCCCCAUCCCCAUCCACACCCCCCCAGUUCAGACAUACCAAGCCCCCCAAGGAUGUAGUACGCCACUCCCCCCUAGAUAAGAGCCCCCAUGGCGGUCACUCUGAGUCGGCUGUGUUUAAGCAGCCUCCACCCCUGGAGCCUCCCCUGAGCUCCCCACUCCCCUCCCUCAGAGACCCACCCUGGCCCCAUGGAGACACCCCGCCCGGCCGGCCCUCCAACAGUGAGAGGACACAUACCCAGAGGAAGGAGGUCACAUUGGCCCCUACCCUCCCUGCCCACCUCCGUGGACCAAGACCCUACAACAAAGUGGCCUCCAGGAGAGAGUGUGAUCUCGACAAGCACUGCGGAGUACUAGACCCCGAGAGGAAGAAAGUCUGCACUCGUCUCCUGACCUGCAAUAUUCACUCCAUCCACCAGCGGCGGAAGGUUCCUGGUCGGAGUAAAAACUUUGACCAGCUGGUGGCCGAGCUGAAGACUGGGGCCCGGAUCCGUGAGCGGGGGUGUCAGACCCAGGAUGGGAGCGGCUCGGGUCGGUCCCCCAGCCCAGAGGCCCACGAGGACCCCCCAGAACCCCCCCACUGCAGGAGACCCCUCACCAACAACCCUGCCUUUAGUCGGUCCAGGGCGUCUUCAGAAAGCGCUCCAAAGGAGGACAAACCUUGUCAGGAGGAGGGUAGCGCCCCAUCACCCCUCACCCAAGGGUGCAUCUCAAGCGACGAGAGCGAGGGAGAGGGGCCUGAGGAGCCGUACGAAUACCCUUCCUCCUCCUGGCACCCCAAACCAGCCGCGGUGUGCUCGUUUGGCAGUCAUGAGAUGGGUCGUGGUGUGUACACCUUUGACCGACGGCUCCACCACCUGCGGUCAGCACUCAACGCCAUGGUGGAGCAGCACAUCAGGUCCCACCUCUGGAAGAAAAUACCUCAAGCUUCAGACCUCCAGUCCCAGAGUCCCUCUGCAAAGAACAACCCCUCUUCCUCCUCCUCGUCCUCUUCCUCCCUGCAUUCUAAAGUCAGGACAGGAAGCCACAGCACCCCUUCUCUCAGGCCCCCCUCUUCUUCCUCCCACGAACCAGGAAGGGAGACACGCCUACAAAUCCCCUCCCACUCCACAGCCAUUAACCAAUCAGCAAACUCCAGUGCUAGUGGCAGCCAAAUUGUAGCCCCAGCACCCCCUCUUGUCCGUCAGACAGGCCCAGGGCGGCCACCAGGGCCCAGAAGGCCCAAGAACCCAGUAGGGCGACCCAGCAAGCAGCAGCUGAGACUCAGAGAGGAGGCUGCUGCUGCCGCAGCCCUCCAUAAGCGCAAAGCCCCGUCACAGGAAGGUGAGCACUGCGGCCCAGACAGGAACUCUAUCAUCCUCCAGGACCGGGGACGGCCCCCCUCCACUUCCUCUAAGACCACCCCGCCCACUCCUCACAGCCAGACCAAUGGUACUCUCUCCCCCAGCAGCAAACCCCGCCCCCAGCCAUCCCCCUCGGAGCCCCAUUCGCCAGCGGCAGCCUGGGCGUUUAAACGGACACAUCCAACCUCUGGACACUCUUCCUCCCCACCCGACCCUCACAGCCGAGGUGGGGACUCAGGACUACACGCGAGGGGGGCGGCGGGGUACGAGCACAGGGGGCUGGGGAAGAAACGCAAGGGGGGCAGCAGUGAACCCUCGCCCCCCUCUAAACUGCACCGCCUUCCCUCCUCCCCUCGCUCCAAUUUCUACCCCUGGAAGGACAGUAAGGGGGGGGUGCUGCCUGGUGGGUUGGAGAAGAAAAUGGGCACACAGAAGCCAAAACUGCACCAUUAAGAGUGCUUGCCUUACAAGCCACUAUGAGGGAGACAUCACAGGACUUGAGAUGUGUGUGUGACUGGAUGUUCAAGCCAAUGUCGAUGUAUGCAGGUGGAUAUGUCUAUUGAAGCCUAUAUGGGAAUGAGUAUACAGGUGUAUGUGGGAGAGAGAGUGCUUAAGACAAAUACAGUAUGAGCUACGUGUUGUUCAGUUCCUGAGUCGGAUGGGCGUGUGUGUGUCUUUGUGAGUAUCUUUGUGAGUUUGCAGAUGUUGGUGAGUGUGUGCAGGACAAAAGGGACACGUGAAUUUCUGUGUGUGAAUUUAUAAAUACCUCAAGACCUUCUGGUUAUGCUGCUAAAUUAAUAUGUUGGUUUAUAAAAAUGGUUUAAAAAUAUC